AUUGUUGAAACCAACAUGGCAUUACCCGCACCGAUUUGGGCCACAUCAUCAACACCGUAACCAAUAUAGACUUUCUUUCUAUUCACUGUUAACUCUUUAGCAUAGCAGAGUGCAGAGUGCAGAGUGCAGAGUGCAUCUAUGGCGGAUCCCUAUUACCCUUACGUUCCUGACGGAGGAAUCUCAAGAACUACCUUUCCUGGUUACAUUCCAGCCGAGCCACCCGCUUUGGCUUCCCCUCUUCUCUCCAAUUCCACCGCCUUGCGUGCUGCUGCAUCUGAUUACAUGCAGAGCGAUGUAAGUUUUUUGCGUAUGAGUGCAUACGGUGUUGAUGAUGCUCUGCUGGCUUCUGCGGUUCGUUCCGAAUCUGUUUCAAUGGCUCCAACAGGGCUUGACAUGAAGGCAGCUUAUUCAGCUCUUGAAGACCCUACUGAUCUUGGCAAAACUCGUGAUGCUUCGUUACCUGUUAAUCCGGUUGUAAGUAAUGUUCUGUUUGUUGGUGGACUCCCAAAAGACUGCACCAGAAGGGAAGUUGGUCAUCUUUUCCGUCCCUUUAUUGGCUACAAGGAUAUUAGAGUUGUUCACAAGGAGCCUAGACGGAGUGGAGACAAGGCUUUGACAUUGUGUUUUGUGGAAUUUGUUGAUUCCAAAUGUGCUCUCACUGCAAUGGAAGCUCUGCAAGGCUACAAGUUUGAUGAUAAAAAACCCGAGUCACCAACCUUAAAAAUUCAAUUUGCACAUUUUCCUUUCAGUCUGCCACAUGAUCAUGGUGAGUAGGCAGCACUCAGCAGCAUAUUAGUCUAACAUUCACUGGAACUGCUUCUUUGACCAUGAGAAUCUGCUUGAUGCCAGUUAAGAUGAACUAUAUGUGGUGGAUAAAUUUGCUAUUAGGUUCCAUAGUUGAGAUCACUUACCUGUUGUGAAUAUGGGAAUAAAGAAUCAAUUCCCGUCAGCAAGCCCAUUUUUCAUCUUGGAUUUUGUUUAGGAUUUUCAUUAUUAUUUUUUGGCCUCUAUCAAAAGAUCAAAACCUUUCUACUCAAAGGGGAUAAGGCUGUGUACAUUAGAUGUAUUAUUUGCACCUCGGCUUUUAUUUUAGUUUGGUCAAGCAGGGAGUUGUAGUAGUAAGAACCUGGAGCCUAUCAACUUGUACUCUGGCAUCACUUUGUGCAUGAUAUCAUCGUAAUGUAUAAACCAUGAUAUUCCAUAUAUAUCACUUUGGUUUACUAUCUCCUUCGAUCCAAGGGGAACCGAGGGAUUCUUGUGGUGUUGUUCUGAACUUCUGAUUAAUUUUCUGAAUGAGAUUGAAAGGGUUUUCCACCAAUUUAAUCAAAUGUGCCUUCUUAUGCC